AUGUCUGACGCAGAGGAAUCCUGGGGCAUGUCAAGUAGUCGAAGUGCCAAGCGAGCGGCAGCAGCGCGGGCCAUCGUCAUCUGCAUGGUUCAAGCUAACCUGGAAGCUCCAAGCUCCACCCACCACGGCGACCUUCAUCUUCGCCAACCGCCUCUACAGCUAUACACGCGCCUCCUACGGCCAACGAAACCUCCUCCACCAACACCCCACCCCUAG